CUCCCAGCCCAGCCCGCCGUCGCCCUCCCAAGUCGACUGGGGUUUGAGAGAAGUUUCGUGGGCGCCGCACAGGGUCCUGACGGAGCAGCUGUGUCACCUCACCAGGUUCUGGGAGUCCUCGGCGUCCCUCGCGCUCUCCUCCGCCACGUCCAAGUCCUGCCAAGUAGCGGCGACCCUCAGGACUGUUCCGUGUAAUGGCGGCAAAGGACGCACUCUGAGAGAAGUUUUGCAUUCACUCUCUGGCCAAAUCGAGCUCUUCUAUCUGGCCACGCACGCCGGCCUCCAGAGUCUGCGCUACUUCUGCUGCUUUGCGCCCCAGCCUGGACUGCAUCCGGGGCUUCAGGAGGACUUGAUUAGGGCUGUUGAUAAGGCCUACGAAACGCUGGUUGUGGGCGUAUGGCGCUGCUCGAGAUUAAACGCCCGUCUCCAGUCCGCCUACCAGACCACGCCCGAAAGCUUCCAUGAAAAUGUUCUGACGCCCACGCCCAUCAUCUUCUCGAUCGCCCAUGACUCCGAAGACGAGGACGAAGGCGAGGGAUGAGGAGGAGGACGUGUGCGUAGACGACGACCCCGACGAUCCUGACGACAGCAUGUUAGACGACCACGACGACCCGCCUCCGACCUCAUCGCUGGGAGACCCGCUGGAGGACGCCAAGACGCACUACCUCCGCCUGAUCGUCGGGGAGAGCAAGGGCAGAGGCUGGGGAGGACCUCAGAGCGUGGCAGGGGCCUCGGUGGUGACGACGACGACCUCCUCCUCCUCCUCUUCUUACUCCCCCACCUUCUCUCCCCCCUUCUCCUCCUCUCAGCCUCUCGCCCCGCGGGUGCUGUGGCGAGGAGCCCUCGAGUGUCCUUCGGGAUUCAUGCCUUUCCACAAACACCAGGAAGCGGCAGAGGAAGAGGAGGAACGCACGAGAGCGCAGGCCGCGGUGCAGGACGACCCCUUCGGCCAGGCCUGUGAUGAGGAGGUGUGGUCCUGCCUCGGGCCACUGGCCGGCGGGAGGACCAACCACGCAGCAGGAGGAAGGAGUAACGGCAGGACGGAGCCGACGGAGGAUGCGAGGAACCCGACAAGAGCUUCUUCAGCCCCGAAGGACAUGGAAGGUCUCCCGGCGCUCACGAGGAUCCGACCUUCGAAGGCCAUACAGCCCACGACGCAGAGGCCGACCCACCGCCUUCCUUCCCUCCUGCCGGAAUCCAAGCCAGUCUCCUUCUGCGACCCCCGCGCCGCCGCCCCGCCCUCCAUUAACGGCAAUGUCGCGGGGGAUUCCAUUCUCCUCCCUUCUGCAGGAGAAUCGUGGUCGUCCGCUUUCAGGCCGAUUCUCCCCCGUCCGGACGGCGGGGCCAAACACGUCCCGAACACGUCUCCGGGCGCUGGCAGUCUCGUCGAAGCCCCAGCCGCGAGUCGAGCCGCGCCUUCACACGUCGGGAUUCAGGGUCCUUUGGCGGACGGCCUGCAGGGAAACUCGGCAUUUUCUCGGGUCCUGCAGCCUACUCAGUCCGUUCCCUUUCCCCAGCCUCCUAAUCUUCCUCUUCCUCGACUUCAUCCCUUGCGAGGACCUCCUCUUCCUCCUCCACUGGCUGCCAAGACUAACAAGAGGCCAAGAUGUGUUGAUAAGGAGGAGUAUCACGAAGACGGCAGCGAGGUGGUGUCCACAACCACAGGCAGAGGAGGACCUGCGCCCGAAGGAGCCGGCGACGCAGUGGGCGGCGAGAAGGCCCCCAAGCGCGCCCGCCGUCGCCUGGAGGACCACGCCGCCCGAAUGCAGCAGCACUUUCUCUCCCUCGUCGAUGCCAUCAGCAGCCACUCCCUCGAGUCCUUUGAGACGAAGGGCGCCGGCAGAGGUUCUUCGUCGAAGACCCGAUUUAAGGACGGGUCUUCGGGGUCGGUUGGGGAGGUUGCCGGCGGGGGCAGUUCGACGCAGAAGGCUGUGAGGAAGCCGAGGUUGAGAGCGAGCCAACUCAGAAAGCGAGACUGAAAGCAAGACGGUACAGAAAGUUUGAAACCAAACCGGUAAAGGAAGUUUGAAACCAAGCUCGCAAAGAAAGGAUGCUUGAGGACAAACCAGUAAAGAAAGCAAGGUUGAGACCAAUCCAACAAAGAAGACGAGAUUGAAGUCAGUCCAGCGUAGAAAGCGAGAUCAAACCAACUCAGAAAAUGAGAUUGGGAGACCAAGCUAGCAAAGAUUUUUAUGUCGGAAAAAUGGUGCAUUAAUAGGUGAAAAAGAACAUUUCUUUUGGAUCCUAUGCUAAAAUGUUAUAAAGCUCAGUUCUGCAUCACUAUAUGUUAUCUGUUUUCUCUAGACAUUUUUUAUUUGUCUGGUGCUUGUUAUGCUUUAAUAAGAUUUUUUUAUACGAAAUUUUAGUGUAGAUGUUAAUGUUAUUUAAGCGUUUACUUUUAGUAUUAAACAUAACAUGGUUA